AUGGACGCUCAAAAUUAUAAACCCUUCAAGGAAAAAUUCUCUCUAGCAGAAAGAUAGAAAGAAUUAGAAAAGUAGAAAUCUAAAUACCCAAACAUGAUUCCCGUCAUUGUUGAAAUUAACAAGAAGGCAAAAACAGUUAGAGUAUUGGAAAAGCAAAAGUUCUUGGUAUCAAAGGAUGUUAAGCUUCACGAAUUCCAAUAAACAGUUCGUAAGAAAUUAGAUAUUACAAAUGAAGCUGAUGCUUUGUUCUUCUUUGUUGGCAAUAAAAAGAUUGAGAAAAUAAAUAGAACAAUGAGCGAAAUUUACCAAGAAUCAAAGGAUAAGGAUGAUGGUUUCUUAUAUAUCACAUACUCUGAUCAAGAAGUAUUUGGAUCAAUUUGA